AGCUUUAAAAUCAUGAUCGUAACUUCUUUCGCAGGGAGCUCCCGAGAAACUACUUCAAAUAAGAAAUGAUAACGGUACUUGCACUAAUAUAGCAGCUAUCCUGAUCGUAUUUAGGAUUGCGUUAUCCAAACAAAACAUCGAAAAUGACAAAAUUGAUUUAAUACUGAACGAUGCUCAGGAAAUGUUAAGAAAAUUAACAACUGAUAAGAAAUAUCGGUUUUCAUCUCUUCAGCCGAUACCGAAGGAGGGAGAAUUUCAAGUAUUAAACACUAGGAUAACCGAUAAUGAACCUAACAGCAAAAUCGGUUGCCGCGACGCCUUAAAAUUAAUGACGGAAUUCAAAAUGAGCACCGAAUUGAUUAACCAUAUCUGUCAAAACGAACUGUCAUCGAUGUCAUCGAGCAUGAUUGACAGCACUAAAAAUAUAAACAUAAUGGAAACGGGCUUCACUCAACGCGGUUCCGUUCGGAAAUUACCAGAUGAAGUUGUCAAAAAUAUAAUAAUAUCGUUUUAUAACUUUAAGCCCAAGGCCUUCAAUAAUUUAUUCGACACAAACGACAACAUAAAUUCGGACAACUUGAAACAGUUGAAUGAUUUUAUCAUUCAACAAUCGCAUGUAAAAUCUACUUCAAGCAUUGACCAAAGUGGAAAUAUUGUGUAUAAAGUCGAAAAUCCAGAAGCAAUACAGAUUAUCAGCGAAAUUUUAAAUGCAGUUUUAAUGAAACUGUUUGAUUUACAUAAAAAUAUUGCUAACGGUCCGGUUAGUCAUGAUUUCAAUGUCAACAAAAUACAACAAAACGCCGAAGAGGAAUUAAAAAAAUAUUUAUCACAAGAUAAUGUCAGCAUAAACUUAUUUAAUUUAUCGCAAGAUAAUUUAACGAAUAAGAAGGACUCCUUNGUAUAUUCAUUAAUAAAUAUAUUCGGAAGCAAAAUCGAGAGUCCAGAAAACAAUCAUGCAUUUGGUAAAACGAUAUUGUUUAAUAAGUAUAUGCAGAACACUCCUGAAGUUAAUCCAAUUACGAACGCAUUAGCAGACUACAAUCUGAAAAUGCAUCCAAAGCAAGUGAAUGCCGAUCAAGAUUUACUAAAAUUUGGUAAUGAUAAUAAUCUUCCCUUAAUUUCUAACAAACAAAAUCAACCGAUAGGUAGUCUUGUAUUUAAAAAUACUCCUAAUACAUUAACGGAUAAACCAGUAUUAGAAGACUUCGAACAAUAUUUGAAAGUCGUUAAUAAUUUAAAUAAAGCACAAACGAUUGAUAAACCCGUUGAAAAUGUUGAAACAAAGGCAAUACCAAACGAAUUACAGAAGAACGGGGCUGGUAAUGGUAUUCUAGAAUUAUUGAGUAAAUCACCAUAUUGGAAUCAAAUCCAGGAAAUAAAUCAACAACAGAAUGUCCCAUAUCCAUCGUUCAACAAUAAUCUAUUACAAUUACAAACAAUAAAAAACACAGAUCAAAAUAAGAUGAAUAUGGAAACCAUUCAACACAAUAUAAAUACGAACAAUAUAAAUAUAGACGCAAUGAAGAAUAAGGACAUCUUUGUAGAAUUAACGUACAUAUUCAAUAUCGAUCCAUUUGUUCAAACAAAAUAUGUGAAAUACCGAGUACCAAUAAUUAAACUUUACGAAUUACUUCUCAAAAAACCGAUAUUAAAGGAUCAACCUACAAAUUUAUACCACGAUCUAGUUUUAGUUGCGAAUGUGUCUGAUGUAUCAGCUGAUCUCCAAAAAUAUUCAAAAGAGGACCUUUUAACGUUAACGCUAAGUAGUGGCCGACUGUCGACAGCUAAAAUGAUCGAAGAAAACAACAUAGACAAUCAGUUGCAUGUAUUACAAAAAUUAAUGUGCAAUGUGGAGCCGAAAGACAUUCUGGAAUUACAUAAACAAAAUAUCUUAAACGGUAAUGGCGACAACUUCAAAAUGCAGCAGAGUACAAGUCCUUCCCAAAAUUUGAAUAUGAACAGUUUAGUUUCUAAAGCUUACUACCAGCAGCCGCUUUGGAAUAAUUGGAAGGCCUUAAAUAGUUUGACCCCAAACUUUCUUUAUUCUAGGUACCUUACUAAACCUGUACAAUAUUUUUGGCAAUAUCCAACCCCUAAUACUUUACCUGCGCCUACAAUGAUUUAA